GUAGAGGUGACUGUAGUAUAGUGUGGCUCCAGUGGAGGUCGCUGCUCUCACUGUUUUCAUCGCAGCAGCACUUUUAGAGGAAGAAAGCGGCCAGACGGCUCACACACGCCGAGACCAACCCAAACCUCCAAAAACCACUUGAAUUUAUAUUUUAGAGCAAAAAUGACGACUGCACCAUAUAACUAUUCCUAUAUUUUCAAAUAUAUCAUUAUUGGUGACAUGGGGGUUGGAAAGUCAUGUUUACUCCACCAGUUCACGGAAAAGAAAUUUAUGGCUGACUGUCCUCAUACAAUUGGCGUUGAGUUUGGCACACGGAUAAUUGAAGUGAGUGGGCAGAAGGUGAAGCUUCAGAUUUGGGACACUGCAGGGCAGGAGAGAUUCCGCGCUGUCACACGCAGCUACUACAGAGGAGCCGCCGGGGCCCUCAUGGUCUAUGACAUCACCAGGCGAAGCACGUACAACCACCUCAGCAGCUGGUUGACUGAUGCUAGGAAUCUCACCAACCCCAAUACUGUGAUCAUACUAAUUGGUAACAAAGCAGAUCUAGAAGCCCAGCGUGAUGUCACAUAUGAAGAGGCCAAGCAGUUUGCUGAAGAAAACGGUUUGUUAUUCCUGGAGGCAAGUGCAAAAACAGGUGAGAAUGUGGAGGAUGCAUUCCUUGAAGCUGCGAAGAAGAUCUACCAGAAUAUUCAGGACGGCAGCCUGGACCUGAACGCGGCUGAGUCAGGGGUCCAGCACAAGCCUACCGCUCCCCAGGGUGGGCGGCUCAACAGUGACGCACAGCCCCAGAAGGAGGGCUGCAGCUGUUAAUGACCAUGAAGACUUCACUCUCUCUCUUUCUCUAUUCCUUCCUGUCCCACAUCCCACCUCUGCCUCCCUCUGUAUCUAAAAGCCUCUCCCCUUCCGGUAUGAUUGCUCAUGGAGUCUGGGGCCAGAUGGCUCUACGUGAUGAUGGAGGUGUAACAUAAUUCAUUCCCUCCUUACUGCUCUCUUCUUCCCCUCCUUCCCUUCUCCUCUUGUCUUCCCUCACUUGUUUUGCUUGUUUCUCAUACGCACACAUCCCAGUGCUCCCAGCAAGCACUCGAGGGAGGACGGCUCCUCCACUGAACACUAAUCCUGAAGAGAGAAGAUGAUCGUCGAUAAACUGAAGAAAUGCUGGGUUUAUCCUUUACAGACGUGAUGUGCAUAACUAUAAACUAAACAUCUCAUGUACAGGAGCUGUCUGAAUACUAGCAUAAUGUAAAUGAUACGGAAAUAUUGGCAAACGUUAUUUGUGUUGACAUGAUGUCAAGUGAUCAGGAGGAUAUGCAUCAACAUUGUUUUGUUAAAAAAUCUAAAACUGAAAUAUUGUAUUCUGUUUUAAAUUAGAGGUUUUGCAGUUUCACAUCCAAUCACCAAAUAUUUAUCCCUGUUUGUACCUAUUCAGGAAAUAAUAUACAUGUACUAUACAAGAUUAGUAUUGUUUUGAGAAGAAUCUCAAUGGAAGGUCCAUUGUAAAAAAAAAAAAAGAAAAGUCGAUUCAGACAGUUAUUUUAACUUAGUAACUGUUAUAGUAAUAUAUUGAAGAGGAUGGGACGCAUUUUAGGUCCUGAGGAAUGUUUUCCGCACUUUGCAGUUUCAAUUUGAUUUUCCGAGGGCCUGAAGCUUGUUUUGUGUUACUGAGGUCUACAGUGUGUCGCACUAUGAGGUUUCAGAUCCCCUUCGAUCUGUUUUUGAGCAUCUGUAAAUGUUUCAACAUCACAGUAGCUUAAGAAAAACAGAUCGACAAGAGCAUCGUGUACUGAUCGUUCAGGCCCUGCAAACCCUCACCAUAUCAAGAUAUUCAUAUUGUUUUUACAUAAUUUCAGUUGCCUUAUGAUAUGCUUUUGUUCAUUCUGAUGUGCUGCCCGUUUUAUUCAUAAUCCUCGUAUAGCAUUUAUUGAAACAAUUCCAGCGAUUCACUUGUAAUAGGGAUUAUGCCUUUUCAAAAGCAUUCCAUUAAAUUGAUUUCCAAACACUGAUCAUGUUUUUGAGCUGAGCUGAGUUUCUUAAAGGUUCCUUAAGCAUGAUGCAUGAGACAACUGCUUUUUACAGACGUCAUGGUUUCCCCCAAUUCAAACGGAGUAAAUAAUAUCUUGAAAUAUAUAAAUAUGUAACAAAUAGGCCACCACAGCAUGAGAAACAUCAUUGAGGGGAGACUUGGCCCAGAUCUGAUUUGUACAACCAGCAGUUGUUUCUUUUUCCAUUGAUGCACAUUUGCAACGAACAGCUAAAAAGGCAAAUACAAGCACUCCAAAUAUGAUUUUCUAUUAAAUUUGUGUAUUAUGGUAGAUUUUAGAUGUGUUGUUUUGUAAACUGAAAAUCCAUUUUUAAUUUGCUCCUACUGUCUUGCUUUUUUCACAUCUUAAUGACAUCUGCAAAAAUUAAUCUUCUGCUCAAUUCUGUCUUCUGUAAGUGACUUUUGUUUGUAAUUAUGUUAAUAAAGACAAUACUGUA